AUGCAGCGCGUGGCCGUCUUGUCGCACGUGAAGGCGAGCUCGCCACCGAGUCUCGAGACUAGUAGCGCGCGACGCAUUGCCUGGAAGGGCGGCAAGAUAUCGUCCAAUAAGGAGGAGGCGCUGCAGAAAUUCUAUCAGCGCAAACUGCGGGCCGGUGACCACCUCACGGCGCAGCAGAUCAAGGCCAUGCAGCCGACGCUGGGCGUCAAGCUGGACCUAAAUGCGGCGCUGAAGAACCCCAAGAAGCUGCACGCGACCCAUCGCCCACAUGCCAAAGUGACGGCAGGUGGACACCGCACAGUCCUCAAGACAGGCCGCGUGUUGGGGCCCAAGCUCGACUCAAAGCAGAAGGGGAAAAAGGCAGCGAACACCAGUAACAAGCAACAGGCUGCACGACAGCCCAAGAUGGUCGUCAAGAUGCCGCCAAAGCGGACGGAGAGUCCUUCCAUCUCGCUGGAAGACAAACUGGAUCUCCCACUGGAUGCUCUUGUAGGUGGACAGAACAAACGCAGCAAUAGCAUGAAGCGGAGGUGA